AUGGCUCCGCUCGCGUCGGGGAAGACUGCAGGCAAGCGCUCUGCGAAGCCUGCAGCAUCAAGCUCGUCGAAGCCAAAGAGCAAAAGCGCUCCUAAGCCGAAACCCACAGAACACAAGCCAAAGCCCAACACCAAAGGCAAGAAAAAGCUACCACCACACAAGCGUUAUACCGAGAAGGAGCUGAAGGUGCCUCGGCUCAAUGGAAUACGACCAGCUGGUGUUCAAAAACCGCCAAAUGCCAAGAAGGGGAAAACUUUUGUUGACGACAAGGAGAGCAUGAAUGCCAUUAUGGCCAUGGUCAUGGCCGAGAAAGAAGGCAACAUUGAAAGCAAAAUCAUGCGCGCCAGGCAGAUGGAGGAAGUGAGAGAAGCCAGAAGACUCGAGGCGGAGAACCGAGCAGGAGAGAAGAGGCAGAAGAUGGACGAUCGUAAGCAGGAUAUCAAGAACAGCAAGAAGAGAAGGCGAUCGGACGGAGACACAGCUGCGGCGCAAAGCGAGCCGAAGCAAGACGAGGUGGCCAAGAAGAGCAAGAAGAAGCGUGUGAGCUUUGGGUGA